AUGGAUUGCAGCAGCAGAAGAAAGAGGCGAAUUCGAGUGAAGGUUGUCAAUCAACAAUUAUUCAAACGUGAUUGUUUUUAUGAUAAUCAGCGGCAUGGGAGUCUGUACGAUAUGGCACAUGUUAAUGCUGUACGUGAGCACUAUGCCCUUCGCCGUGACUUGCUGUUGACGCCCAAGUGGCAGUCGGAUUUAGAGAGGAAUGCAGCGAACGAGCACGUUUGGGUGGAAAACAGGAACUUGAUGAACACACCGGUGCCUGAGACGAGUGUGGACACAAAUUUCACGGCGUUGGUACGUCGGCGAGCGGAACAACAUGAUGCCGUCAAUCGAGUGACUUUCCAAACAAACCAAAAGUAA